UGGUAACCCCUCACCUAGAUCAUCCUUUUGUGCGCGGCGCGCUGCAGGCUCAUAUCUCUGCGCUCUUGCCCAGCUGUCACCCCCGGCAUUGGUCCACCGAGCAGACACACGUAGGCGCGUAUCCGACCGACCCAACCCCCUUUUCCUCCGGCAGACCGACGAGCCCGGCGAGCGGCAGGACUACCAGGCAGCGACGACCCGCAGCUGCAGCUCUGAGCGGAGGACUUCCCCCCGACGGAGGAGGUGUCACACUGUGCCGAGUCCCUCAGUGUGCGGCAGCACCAAUGGCAGCUACGGGACCCGAGGACAGAGCUGGAGCGGGGCCAGACGGGACGGCGGCCUGCCCGGUGGGACGGCAGGCAUGCGUCUCUAAGACAAAGCAGGGCAGCAACGGGCCUGGCGUGCAACACACUCUGGUGUACGGACAGAGCUGCGUCCAGGCUGAGAGCGGCCGUUACAAGAGCAACCUGGCCGCUCCGCUGCCAGUGGGACCCACGGUGCACCUCGUCACCGCGCAGGCGCCAUACAGCUUUCGCAGCCCGGAGUCGGUGGAGAUGGAUGAGAUCAUGGCAGCCAUGGUCCUGACCAGUCUGUCCUGCAGCCCUGUGGUCCAGAGCUCUCCACAAACAGAUCCUGGACCUGCUGGCUCAUCAUCCUCACCCGCUGACAUGGAGUGCGGCGGAGGCGAGCUCUCAGACAGCGGCAGCAGCGGCUACUGGAGCUGGGACCACGGCAACGUCAGCCCGGCGCCCUCACCGUCGGUCACCGAGAUGGACAGCAGCCCCGACGAAGGCUUGCACAUGGAGCUGGAGCAGGGGGAGGAGCUCGCUGCCAAAAAACCAAAGAGCUCCGUCAGAAGUGUGUACAGAUGCCUGUGGCCCAGCUGUGGCAAAGUCCUCACGUCUUCAGUCGGCAUAAAAAGACACAUCCGUGUGCUGCAUCUGGGCGUCGGAGAACAAUGGCUCCAGCAGAACAGGCUGCAGCCAAUGAGUGUGUCGCCCUCCUGCACUCACUGCUCCUUCAGGAAGGGCCGCGGGGAGGCCAAGAAGUGCCGCAAGGUGUACGGGGUGGAGCGCAAGGAUCAGUGGUGCACCGCCUGCCGCUGGAAAAAGGCCUGCCAGCGCUUCCCGGACUAGAAGCAGCCGAGGCCAUGGCGAGAGAGAGAGCGUGAGAGACGUGGAUGGACGGAUGCGUUACAACAAGAGACUUUUAUCAAAAAGAGAAUAUAAAUCAGGGCCCGAGAGCCAUCAGCUGUUUUACAUGUGUGUGUUUUUUACUUUCAACUUGUUUCUUUUCUUUCCUAAAGGAAUGCUUCUGGACUUUUCUGUAUCUUUGUAUCUUGAUCCUGAAAACUGAAGUCUGCGAUGGUGCUAGCUGUUGACUGACUUUGACCUACGUGAUGUGCUAAGCCUACAAUACUCUUUAUCCAAAGGUCAUAUUACUACUCCUGUAGCUCCACUCUAUUAGACUUGGCUGUUUUUGUUAUUCCGACCUUCUCUUCCAGUGGUUACAGUGGUUAUGAUGUACAUUAUAUUGUGUGCUCUGAGUUACGUACGAGUAUU